AACAUCUCCAUAACUCAGAUUUCCUUAUUUAUCAGUAAUCACUUCUCAUUCUUCCUUUUGAUUUUCAAUUACUUAAAACUUUUUUACUUUUUAAGGUAAUCAUGGGAGUUAUCACUGAUCAAUUGGAGGUGAGUUGUGCCCUCCCAGCAGCCAAGAUGUUCAAGGGCUUUGUCGUUGAGGCUGAUGAUAUUUUCCCCAAGGUUAUGCCGCAAGCCAUAAAGAGUGCCGAACUCAUCGAAGGCGAUGGAGGGCCUGGAAGCAUCAGGAAAGUUAACAUUGUGGCAGGCGACAAACCCGCUUACUUGAAGCAGAAGGUUGAUGCUCUAGACAAAGAAAGUUUUUCAUUCAGCUACACCAUCUUCGAAGGUGAGAUAUUGGACAACAAAUUCGAGAAAAUUUGUCACGAGUCCAAGUGGGAGUCAUCUCCCAAUGGAGGAUCCAUCUUCAAGUCAACUGCCAAAUUCUACACCUUACCUGGCUUUGAGGGAGCAGAGAAUUUUAUUAGCAACGAAAAACAGAGGGCAAUUGCCUUGAUCAAGGCUGUUGAAGCACACCUCCAGGCCAAUUAAUCCUGAUGCCUGUUAAGAUGUUAUAUGAGUUUGCGUAUCUCAAGUGUUAUGAGUGCUUUGCCCUACCUAUUACCUAAAAUAAGUGGAUCAUGGGUCCAUAAUUCCAAGUGUGGUUUGAUCAAAAUUUCCUUUACCAUGAUAAUGUUAAUUAUUAAGACUUGGGAGUGAUCAAAAGUGGCUUGAUAUUAUAAGAUUUUUAUGUAUUUUUUUCUUUUCAAAGAGUGUGAUUUUGUAAGGAUUAGGCCAAGCCUUGCUUUGUUGUAGUAAGAGAAUCCACUUAAAAGGAGUGUUCAUAUAUGUUUGUAUCAUUUUUAUUGAAUACAAGUUGAUCCAGUAUAUUAUUAAACAUA